AUGAACUGGGGGGUGUUCGAAGGGCUCCUCAGCGGGGUCAACAAGUACUCCAGCUUCGGCCGCAUCUGGCUCUCCCUCGUCUUCAUCUUCCGCCUGCUGGUCUACGUGGUGGCAGCCGAGCGGGUCUGGAGCGACGACCACAAGGACUUUGACUGCAACACGCGGCAGCCAGGCUGCGGGAAUGUCUGCUUCGACCACUUCUUCCCUGUCUCCCACAUCCGCCUCUGGGCCCUGCAGCUCAUCCUGGUGACCUGUCCAUCUCUCCUGGUCAUCAUGCACGUGGCCUACCGGGAGGCCAAGGAGCAGAGGCACCGUGCCGCCGGCGGGGAUGACUGCCGCCGCAUCUACCCCAACCCCGGCAAGAAGCGGGGGGGGCUGUGGUGGACCUACCUGCUCAGCCUCAUCUUCAAGGCUGGCGUGGACGUGGUCUUCCUCUACAUCUUCUACCACUUCUACAGGAACUACACCCUGCCCCGGGUGGUGAAGUGCGAGCUGCCCCCCUGCCCCAAUGUCGUGGACUGCUUCAUCUCCCGGCCCACCGAGAAGAACAUCUUCACCCUCUUCAUGGUGGUCACUGCCUGCGUCUGCGUCGUGCUGAGCCUCAUCGAGGCCGCCUACCUGAUCGGCAAGCGGUGCCGCGAGUGCCUGCUGGCCAGCAGCGGGGAGAGCCAUCAGCACAGCCCGGACUGCGUGCUCUCCCGCAUCGAGCCUGCGGGCACAGGGGGGCAGGUUUUCCAUGGGGCGGACUACAAACCCCCCACGGCCUCCAUCCCCCCCACGGCCUCCAGCCCUGGCACGCUGUCCGAGGAGGAGGCUCUUCCCUAG